CCGUCCUUACUUCACCAAUUGCUCCAGUGAUAAAUUUGUGACAGCAGAUAGAGGAACGCGAACUAAGACUGUUAAUUGGACAGAGCCACAGGCGAAAGAUGCCACAGGCGGAACUGUAAUUAUAAGUAGAGUGAAGAAAAUAUCGACCCAGGAACCAGGAGACACCUUCCAGGGCAAGACUUUAAUAAGUUACACAGCCCAGGACGCUAUCGGAAACAUGGCAACAUGCUCCUUUACCAUUACCGUAACAGUCUCCCAAUGCUCAUUCAGUGAAACAUAUGGAGUGAUUAGACACUGUGACUAUUACGACAUAAGAUACGGAACCCGAUGUGAAUUUAAUUGUUACCAUGGUUACUUUCUUAAUGGUUCAAAACAUCUCGAAUGUCAGAGUAACGGGACAUGGAAUGGAGAUUUCCCCACCUGUGAAGAGAUCCAAUGUCCAUCACUUCCUCAUAGAAACGACGGGUCUAAUUACACGUGUACUAAUGGGAAACGAUACGGAAGUGAAUGUUCAGUAAUAUGUCCCCCCGGGUUUGACAUUCCUUCGGGACAAGGAAGGGUCAAACUUUGCAGAAAAAAUGGAAGUUGGCUAGGUUCAAUCCCACCAUGUGAAGACAUUCUAAUGCCAGAAAUAAAAAACUGCACCCCUUUUGCCUACGGAACAGCAGAUGAAAAUUCUACAAUAGGAGAGAUAUACUGGGACGAGCCAUACGUGUACGACAAUGCUGACAAGAGCAUUGUUUUACAAAAGAAUGGCACCAUUUCACCCAGAGACAAGAUUGAGGCAGGGACACACUAUGUAAAAUACACAGCUGUAGAUGAGACAGGCAACACGGCUAGACCAUGUACUGUGACACUGUCUAUGAGAGUGUUAACUUGCAGACGACUCUAUGGUAAUAAUUUCCUGUCUGUGAAUUGUCCUUGGGGAUAUCAAUAUGGUGCGAGGUGUUAUUUUUCAUGCAAAUUAGGAUCUGUUUUGGAUGGUCCUAACAUCACAAACUGUGUCAAGAGUGUGGAUGGAAAGUAUGCCUACUGGGAUUGGGGAAAAAGACAGCCCAAAUGUGAAGUUCACAGAAGUUGUGCUGUUAGUCCUUCUGCACCACAAAAUGGUGCUGUUGCCUGUGAUUCGUGGUUGGAUGGAAAGUUUUGCCAGGUUCAGUGUCAGCAGGGGUAUGACUUUAAGCCUGGAUACCCUUUCUAUGAGAUGUUGGUUUGUGGAGACAGUGGAAAGGAUCGUGGAAGUUGGGUACCAGAGAACGCCCUUCCUAUACCAGAUUGUUCAAAGACAUACAAUGUAACUUCUGCGAAAUUUAAGAUGUAUUCAUCAUUUUAUUAUGAUGGAAACUGCAAGGAUCCAGUCGUGCAGGAGAUAAUUCGAAAAAAUUACAUCGACUCCCUGUCCUCUUCCAAUCUCACAGACGCUUGUCUGCAAUACAAUAGUCGGUGCAGAAUAGCAAGUGUCACGAUAACGUGUGGUGAUUCAGGCAGGAGGAGAUCUGCAGAUAUGAAAAUGGAAAUUGUUGCUGAUUUUGUCAUAGAAUCGGAUGAAUCCGAAACAACGCCGGAUUUUGUAAACAUUCAGAGUAGUAUGAUGGAAACAUUAAGAAACAAGAGUGUAAACGGAAGUCUGGUGAUAACAUUAGACAAUAACGUGACUUUGACAUCCAAGAAUCUCUCUGCAGAGAAGGUCUCAUAUGAGUGUCCGAAUAACACAUUCCCCUCGGACACAACUGCUUCCUGUUUGGAAUGUCCAGCAGGUACACACUAUAGCGUAACCCUUCAGACCUGUCUGCAGUGUAAUAAGGGUCACUACCAGUCAUUUCCGGGAAAACCCUCGUGUGAUCAAUGUCCUGAAGGGACCACUACGACACAAGUAGGAGCCAAAUCCAAAGACGAAUGCUUAGAUGCAUGUCCGCCGGGAUACUGGUCUGUGACUGGGGUGAUACCAUGUUCACCUUGUCCCCUUGGGUCCUAUGCAGAAGAGUAUGGUACCUCUGUUUGUACCUCCUGUCCCCCAUCACAAACAACACUGGUUCAGGGCAGCAGUGAAGCCACUGAUUGUACCUAUUUCGACAUUUUCCUCGGCUCUUCCGAAUCACAGGCUAUUGUUAACAUAGAUAUGACUCGUGUAGAAGACGCAGUCAUUCUCAGUGCAUGGCUCCGAUUUCCUAUCGGCUUUGAAAAGAUAUCAACUCCAUCAAUGUUCUUUCAGAAUGGCGAUAUCUGGUCUAAAGAAAUAUUGAUAGAGCCUAAAACAAAUGAACCAAGUGAUAAUUCAUCCAUUACCAUUGAUGAUGGAGAAUGGAACUUUAUUGUGUUCUCAAUACAGAUAGAGACGUUCAAUGUGUCUUCCAUUUAUGAAAACACUUCAUUCAGUUUAAGGUUAACAGGUCCACUUAUUGUAUCUCAACUGAAUAUUUGGUCCUCAAACCACACCAAAGAAGAGGUAGAUAACCAAUUUAAUCGUUGUAUCAUAAGCGAUGAGGGGGACGUGUUGUCCUGGAAAGAAUGGAAACUUUCUUAUCUAGAGGAGAGUACAAUACAGAUACCAAGCAUGUGUGACGAUAUAAACGAAUGUGAUGAGCAUCCAUGCGGGAACAAUACGUGUAUUAACAAGCUUGGUGGGUUUACCUGUGAGUGUAGCCCGGGUUACAGGGGGGAGCGUUGUGAAGAGAAUAUAAACGAGUGCCUGACCAGUAUCUGUCAAAAUAACAGCACAUGUGUGGACGGGGUCAAUGGAUACACAUGUAUAUGUCCACCAAACUACAAAGGAAGAUUCUGUGAAUCUCUUUAUUUAAAUGGUAACUGGGGUAGCUGGGAUGAGUGGUCACAAUGUUCGGAAACCUGUGACAAUGGAAGAAAAUCUCGUCAGAGAUACUGCAACAACCCCGCCCCAUAUAAUGGAGGAAAACCGUGUGCCGGCAACGACACUGAAUUUGCAGAAUGUUUUGUCCAAACAUGUCCAGUUUGUACAAUUUUGGAAGCACCCGUGAACGGUUCCUUAAACUGCAGCGGGACACCAGACACUGGAUUUAAUUGUACCGUUAGCUGUGAUCGUGGAUAUGCUUUUGAUGAAGGUGUUAAGCCGUUUUAUGAGUGUGGACCUAGCACAUUCUUUUUGUGGGACUUUAAGACAGAAGAUAAUCCAAACGGUUACCUUCCAACAUGCAACCCGACGAAGGAAAGUAAGGAAUUGUCAGCUAAUUUUAUUGCAUAUUACGAAGACUUAAUAUGUGACAACAAAAACUAUCUGCAUAUCAGCACUGAAAUAAAAGAGGUAGUCAGUGCCUUUCUUGGAGAAAUUUCCUGCAAUCACAACAAUAUAUGCACAAUUAGUGACGUCAUUGUCUUGAACUGCAAAGAGGAGGCUACACGGAAGAAAAGAGAAGUCGCAGAGACAAAAAUGACUGCUGGGUUUAAAAUCCAGUUCACAUGCUCCUCAGUAGAUCAUGGCUCCGAAGUGUGCGCUAAUGAAAUAGUGAAUGCUAUUGCAAGUUUCAAAGAAUUGUAAUCAAUAGACAAACUUGCUCUUAACAUAAGCGCUGAAAUGUACAUGAUAAAUCUAAAUCAUACAUCAGCCAGGGGGGAAAUUAAGUGUGAUAUAGGAUACAUCAGCUCCGGUGUACACUGCGUACCAUGUGGAGUGGGGAGUUUUUUCAUCAAUGGAGAAUGUAGAAAAUGCGACUAUGGGUUUUAUCAGGAUGAACUUGGACAGACUGAUUGUAAGGAAUGCCCACUUGGUACAACAACGCCCGGGCGAGCAUCAAGGGAACUGGGCAGCUGUUCAGUUGCAACUCAAGUUUACGUUGUAAAGAGCGUUGACGAAUCCAAAACCGGAAUUGUAGUGGGUGUGACCCUCGGAAUCCUUAUACCGAUUGUUGUUUUAGUGAUUUUUCUUUUCUUCAAGUUCAAGACAGUGGAGUUGAAAUUUGAUAAAGUUACUGACCACUUUAAGAAGACUGACAAUCUGCCAGAUGCCUUUAACUUUGGUGAUGAGAAGAUAGAGGGCGUGGCGCUCUGUAAACUGGACGAUAAUGGCGCCCCAAGAAGUGAAUUGAAUCAAUAUGAUAUCAUGUAAAGUCAACUUUCUCCUCACCUUAUUAAAUCAGUGUUUAUUUAUAA